AUUAGUUCGUAUCUUCUUACAUCUCUAGUGCCAGCUUUCACAUUACUAAAGUCAAUGUGAUUAGAAUUGUUAAUAUUAUUUUUGUUUGCUCUUGUAUACUAAAUGGGUAAUUCCCAUUUGAUUAUUUUUAAAUGUGUAGUCUCUCUCUAGACAGAGAAAUGAGUUAUCUGCUUACAAAAUUAUUCACGAACUUAGAGCAUCUCCAAUGGGGAUGGAUGGUAGAUUUAAAUGUAUCUCGUACUUUAAAAUUUAUGUUUUAAUAGUUUGUUAGAAAAAGACGAAUUAUGUUAAUACGUUCUUAAUUGCUUAAACAAAAGCUGGAAUAGCUCAGUUGGUUAGAGCGUGUGGCUGUUAACCACAAGGUCGGAGGUUCGAAUCCUCCUUCUAGCGUUUUUUAGCCAUAGUGCAUUUUGUCCUUUUUUAAUAAUGGGCUACAAGUCCAUAAGUUCCCAUACACAUCGUAAUUAUUUGUUAGACGAAAUAAUCUAAAAAUCCGACAAUACAGGUACGUUCAAGCUUGUAAGCACAAUGGUUGGUUUAAAACUAAUGGGCCUCCACGAAUCAGCCCUUCUCUCGUUCCGUACGUUUCUCGUGAUUAGCUUCACAAUUUUCAAUAUUAAUUCUUGUUUUUCUUUUCCUGUUUCAAGAUCCCAGUAGAGCAUUAAACUCGGACCGAACUCAUAUAAAUAAAUGUAAAACAAUCAAUGAAAAGGAGGAUCAGAUUACGGCUGGAAUAAAUGGGAACAGACCGGGUAUAUCAGGUGGUAUAUGCUUCUACAACGUUUGAUAACGAUAUAACAUUUGAACUGCAUUUGACCAAUCCUUGUUGAAACUGCGUCUUUACACUAAUUUAAUAUAUUUUUAUAUAUAUCUCUCACAAUAUUUAUUGAUAUCAAAUAAAGGAAAACCAGAUGUUAAAAAGGUACAAAGUUUCUUUUUGGGGAGAAUAUUAGUUUGUUAAGAACUUGUUUUGUAUCAAUAUAGGCCAAAGACCCAAACCUCUGAUACAAAAUAAAUAAAAGAACAAACAUAUAUUUUAUUUUAUUUUGUGAUACAAAUGUGCUUUUGGCCAAGUAUAUCAGGUUUGGAUUUAUAUGGAUCGGAGUAGUAUAAAUUGUUGGGGUUAGAACAUCUAAUAAUAUCACCGAUGCAAAUAUCUACUUAUUUUGCUCCUUGUAGAUUAAUUUCAGUAGUAAUUUUUUUUUUUUUUUGUAAAUAUUCUUCAAGUUUCAAUAGUAAUUUGAUAUUAUGAAAAAAGGCUAAUGGAGAUACAUAUGAAGAAUAGUUUAAAAGUUAAACCGGGCGUGUAUGAAUCUCAUUUGCAAUUGCGGUAUGGUUUUGGAUUUAUUAUCAGUUCAAAACAAAAGUGGGUGUAAGCUGUAUGUAUCAGAGAGGAUGAUCGGUUCAGUUUCACGAGAGAUCCAUUCUUGAAGCUCUCACAUGUUUCCUAUUUCUUCUUCUCCGUUCUCUCGUGUUUCUUCACAGAUGGAGACGCUUGAUCAAUCAUCGAAACACAAUCUUCUCUUUUUCUAUUUUUGGAUGUAUUAUUUAUUGAUAUAUGCAUAUUAUUGAGAACAUGGCCUCACUAACUGUGUAAUUGGAAUUAAUACGUAUACUAAAACCCUAUGGAAUCUGAUUAUGAUGCAAUUUCACUUCACAAACGUCAAAUAUUGCAAGUUUUAGUUGAUAAUUUAAUCAUAUUAUAUAUUACCGUUACAAAAUAAAAAUAAAAAAGGGGGUGAUAAAAGGUGUCAAGAGAAGUUUUUGGAGUUAAUGGUCAAAAUUAUAUUAGGAAAACUUUACAAAGAUGUGAGAGAAAGUUAACUAAUGUAACAAACCCUACUCGUUAAACUUUUAAAAACGUGCUUAAAUGUUUAAACGUGAACUCAUACGAAUCAAAUUUAUGUCUACUAUAUAAAUUUGAAAUCGACAAGUUAGUAUAUGUAUUCUCAGUUUCUUGGCAACAAUAACUUAAAGGAUAUAUAAAUAAAUUGUUCAAAUAGUUAUGGUUUCCUUAGUAGAGUUGCAUACUGCUGACAACUAUAAUAAGUAUAACUGGCUGCAUGAAUAUAUGUAUUUUUUUUUUUUGUAACACAAAUGAAUAUAUGUAUAAAAUAUAUAGUUUACGUAUAAAGACCGGUGCAGUGCACACUUCACACAUUGAAAAAACGUUACCGCAACAACAUAACACGACAGAUAACAAAUUCUAUCCGAUUUGUUCCGAUCAAUUGCACAGUUAUAUAUGUUCUUCUGUCUUUUCUGCCACUUCAUGCCUCUCUCUCAUCUUCUCCUUUUGUCUCUAUUAUCCCUCACUCAUCUCUCUACGUAUACAAAGACUAUACCUGCAAAGAAAUUCAUAUAUCGAAUGUAAUAAAAUGUACAUUUUUGACAAAAUGGCGGUUUAUGAGUAUACAAGUCUACUACAAUGGCGGUUUAAGAUUACACAAGAGUAUUACCAACAUAGUAUAUAUAACAUGUUUAAAUACAUAGUCCACAAAGUAAAAAAAAAUGUUUAAACAUGUUCGAAAUCUACUUUUUAGCGAAAAGAUUGAGUAUUGUCGAGGUAAUUAUUAUGCAAGAGAAUUAUAACAUGUUCUACAUGCAACAUCGUAAUUCUAGUUUUAGUUGUUAAUACAUAAAUAUUGAAUUUUAUAUACAUGUUAACAAAUCUAUAUGCUCAUAUUAAUUUGUACCAUUCGCUUUUUGUAAUUCGUUAAGAUUUUUCUUUUUUGCAUUUAAUAUCUUAAAAUGAAUGAUAAAACUCUGGAUAUUAAAGUUUCAUUUUGAUAAACACACUCUUUUAAUAUUAAUAAAUACAAAGACAAUUUUUUUUGCUACAAAAGCAAAAACAUUCAAAUAAUUAACUCGACAAGAAAAGAAAACUAAAGUGAUUUAAGUCUCAUAAACAAAAUAACUAUUUACGUCUCCAACUUUUUGAAGACAAAGCCACUUUUUGUUUACUCAAUAUCUAUAAAUAAUUAAGCCAAACAAACGUUUCUAAAACAUACACAAGCUCACAUACAUGCAGAAUCAUUUUAUAUAUAAAUUCACACCAGACGAAACCCUUUUUACCAACUGUUCCUCAAUCUCUCUCGCUCUCAUCAUACUUUUCUUGUUCCUUUAUUUCUCUCGUCCCAUCAUUAUCAUGUCCUCCCAUACCAAUCUCCACUCUCCUAAACCGGAUCACCGUAUCACCGGUGCGUCCCAUACCAAAAAACCACCGUCUUCCACCGCUUCUCAAGACCAACAAACCCUAAAAUGCCCUCGUUGCAACUCCUCAAACACAAAGUUUUGUUACUACAACAACUACAGCCUCUCUCAGCCUCGUCACUUCUGCAAAUCUUGCCGCCGUUACUGGACACGUGGCGGUUCCUUAAGAAACGUCCCCAUCGGUGGCGGUUGUCGGAAAACCAAAAAAUCAAUAAAACCUAACAUUAUAGCUCCUUCUUCUUCUUCAUCUCAGAGAUUUUUCUCUUCAACCAUGGAAGAAGCAUCUAAAUUCUUCACUCCUCCAACAGCAAUGGAUUUUCAGCUCGCUGGAUUAUCUCUCAACAAAAUAAACGAUCUUCAACUUAUGAAUAAUCAAGAAGUUCUUGGCCUUAGGACGACCAUGGAGCAGGUCGAAACAACACCUGUUGAUGUCGGAUCAGGUUUAACCCUAAUGGGUUUCGGAGAUUACAACAGCAACAACAACAACCAUUCACCGGCGACUUUCACAACCGAUGGAAACUUAGCUACGUCGAUAGAAACUUUGAGUUGUUUAAACCAAGAUUUACACUGGAGGCUUCAGCAACAGAGGAUGGCUAUGUUUUUUGGCAACUCUAAAGAAGAGACUGUUGUUGUGGAGAGGCCACAGCCGCUUCUUUACCGGAAUCUCGAGAUCGUUAACUCAUCGCCGUCGCCGACAACUAAGAAAGGAGAGAAUCAGACAGAGUGGUACUUUGGUAAUAAUAACGACAACGAAAGGGUGAUUAAUAACAAUGAAAAUAAUAACACAGGAGGAAGCGAUCAAUGGAACAAUGGACUUCAAGCUUGGACUGAUCUUAAUCAUUAUAAUUAAUGCUUUGCCAUGAUUCUUGGUAAGUUUAAGAUAAACUAUAUUUAUAUGAUCAAGAUUUAAAACUAUGUGUGUUUGUGAUGUCACUUCCAAAAAUAUUUAUGUUUGUAGUUUUGUUUUAUUUGGGUGUUCUUUGUAGUAAGCUUUUGUUGUUGUUGUUUGGGUUACUAUUGUUGUAUUAUAAGUUUCAAUUUGUAAACAAAAACCAAAAUUCAAGAAUUGAUAGAUAUAUACUGUAUUAGAUUCUCUAACUUUUUCAUUAGUUUGUUUUUUUUUAAUAUUGGGCGAAUUCAAAACAGGAUUUACUGUGCUUAAAGCUUAAUUAUUGAAAGGCUCUUGGACUUGAGCUUAGUGGUGAAAUUCUCAACUAACUAAUUGGUGGUUGCCUGGUUGGUGUUUCAGAAAAAAAAAAAACUAAUUGGUUCACCUUUGUUUUGAAAUAUAAGAUGUUUAGAAUAAUCUUUAUGUUCUAAUAUAUAAGAUAUUCUCAUAUUUUUAAGUACCUUGAACUUUAUCAAAUAUUGUGGAACCAACCAAAUUUAAUAAUUCUAUUUUAUAAUUGGUUGAGUAAUUUUAAAUUUUAAAUUUCAAUUAUAUUUUUUAGAUAAAAACAAGUUUUUUAAUAAAUGUGUUUUAUCUAAGACAUCUUGUAUUUAGGAAUGGACGGAAUACUAAUUAAAAAUAAAUCUUCAAAUGUGAUUCUCAGUAAACAGAUUAUGUCUCCUUGAGAUUAGUUAUAAUACCAAUCAAUUCAUUUUACUUGAUUUAAUAAGUUUAACUGAGCCUAAUUAUACCCAAAAUUGAAAUUUGCCAUCCACAUCAAUUGAACUGUGCCCUAGUGAAUAAUGAAAUCUCAAUAAUUCCAGACAGUGUAAUAUUCGUUACAACAUCGAUAGUUGUGCUGUAAGUAGAAAAUAUAGACUGAUGUUACAUGAAAACUUUGUCAGUGAAGUGUGGUCUAAUUAAUGUACAUACAAGCAUAUAGCAUCUUAGAAGUCACUGAACUAUGUCGAGUCUACGUGAACACAGAGAGCAGGCCUUAGCCUUCUUUUGCAGUCUCUCUACACAUGAGGUUUUUAUAUAUGUACGCAUGAACACAUAUAAUGUAUAUGUUUUAAAUUCUGUCAAAAUCACUACAAAUAAACGAAAUAUAAAUGUCUAAAAAAUUAUUCUUAUAAAUAAUUUUAUUACGAUUUAGUUUAACUAACAAAAGUUAGAAUUUAGUCAUGACUAUAAUUGUAUUUAUAAGCUCACUCAUAAACGUUAUA